AGUAAAGCGUCCAUUUUAUGUCAUUAUCAAUCACUCAUGACAUUUCUGGAUAUUUAAGUAUAUUUUUGCUGUUUUUUAACUUUUUACUUUGUAAUCAAUGCAUUAGCCAGUCAUUUUAUUCUUUUCUAAGGUAUCUAAAGAACAAAACAUGUUGGGUUCCUGACAACAACGCAACGAAUCACAUGAUAUUUGCUGCGAUCCUAAUAUGACAAGGUCUAUUACCAAACAUUGGUAAUUUGAGCCUGGCUUUGUGUCUUAUUUUGUUUUUUCGAUGGUGUUCUCCUGUAAUCUUAAUCUAGUGAAUAACAAGUUCAAGUUGAAAUGGUUCGAGCCAAUAGCUUCAUGGCAGGCCAAGAGGGUGUGAAGACUCCACACCGCAUUGAACUGUGUGAGGAAGAGCCUGCCAGACCUACGCGCAACUAUAGAAAGCGCAGGAUAAUAAAUGUAACAACUCCAAAGACUGAAAACGUUAAAAUAAAGCAAGAGACAUUGAAGAAGGUUGAAUUGAAAUCAAAGCCGUUAAAAACUAGUAACGGUAUUACAAAUAUGACAAACGGACACACGGCGAGAUCCCGGGCGGCGCGUGCUGCCGCCCGCACUGCUGAAAGUCAUAAACUGACUGAAUAUUUUAAAGAAGAGCUCAAAAGUCCUAAAGAGGAGCCUCCUCAUUCCCCCCCACCCAUUGAAAAGACUGUUAAAGCAGAAUCUAAUGUUGCAAAUGGAAACAAUAAUCACAAGUUGACAGAAUACUUUCCAGUUAGGCGUAGCGUAAGGAAAACUUCCAAAUGUGUUAUGGCUGAAAAAAUGAGGGAUCUAGAGAGGGCUGUGAGAGAACAGAGAGAGGAUGGUUUACAAGUGGCGUACUUCGAUGGAAAGGGACGCGGCGUGAUCGCGACGCGACCGUUCGGGCGUGGACAAUUUGUGGUAGAGUACGCGGGCGAGCUGGUCGGCGUUGCGGAAGCCCGCGAGCGUGAGCACAUGUAUGCCCAAGACCCAAACGCCGGCUGCUAUAUGUAUUACUUUAGGCAUGGAGAUCAGCAGUAUUGUAUCGAUGCAACAGCGGAAUCCGGGCGACUGGGGCGUCUCGUCAAUCACUCACGUAAUGGAAACCUCCUAACAAAAGCAGUCUGGGUGGAUGGACCCCGACUCGUGUUACUGGCUGCGCAUGACAUCAUCCCCGGCGAAGAGCUCACCUAUGAUUAUGGUGAUCGCUCUAAAGAAUCACUACAACAUCACCCAUGGCUCGCGCUCUGACCUGGGUACGCUUACAAACAUCUCAAUCAGACUUAUAAUAAUUAUUUAUUAAUUUAGUUUUAGUUACUAUGAAGUUUGUUAUAAAUGAUUUUUGUUUGAGGUUGGACAUUUAUUGUGUACUGUUAAGUAGUGAGACAUGUGGCCUAACACUAUAUAGGUAUGAUAUGUAAACAGGGUGGAUGGUUCAUUAAAUGAAAAUACUGCCUUAUGCCACUUAUAAUGGGUGAGAGUUGUUGGACGAAAUAAAUAAAUAAGGUAAUAAAAGCAAUUAACAUUCUAGUUUUUACCUCAUUACAACCUAAUAAGGUAAAAACUAGAAUGUUUACCUCAUUAGAAUAAUGAGGUAAACGUCUAGUACAGUCACAUACUAUAUUAAGCGCUUUUUUUAUUUUCCAUAUAUAUAUAUGGAAAAUAAAAAAUGGAAAUAAUUUAAUAUUUUUGCUUGUGGCUGUACUUAUAUCGUUCACCAAAGCGGUUUCUGAUUGAAAUAAUACGACAUAUAAGUCUUUAUUUUGUGGUCUUUCUUGAUGAGUCCAUUCUGGCAAGUAUUAUAACGAAUUUUAAUACUAUCUUGGUGAGUCAUAUAUCUAAAAAUUGGUAUACGAAUGUGAAAAGAAAAAGUUUUAAUUUGAUUUUUAUAAUGAGCCUUUAAAAACACUGUUUAUUGGUAAUAAACUUAUGUACAUUGUUGCUGUUAAAUCACUAUUAAUAAUCAUAAAUAUCAUUAUAAAUAUCAGAUUAUUACUGGUUGAGACCAAAGCGAGGAGAUGAAGCAAUUGUUUUUAAAACAAUGUUAGUUUUAAUACAAUUUAAUGUGAAAAGACAAAAUAUUUUAUCAGAAUAUUCUGAGAAAUAAGAUAUAUAAAUAUGCUUGAUGUAAUCAUAAUACAAAGCACAAUAAAAGGCCGUUAAAUAAACUUAAAGGCUAAGUCAAAGACGCUGAUCACAUGGUACAAAGAAUGUACAACCAUAAAGAAGUACGACCAUCUAUUCGACUAAUAUAUUGAUGAUCUUGGUGCACCCAAAAACGAUUGAAACAUCUCAUUUGUCUCUAUAUAGGGGUAUGAAAAUAUUCUUAUAGUAUUAAUGGGACAUCUUAUUGACAUUGAAAAGUGAACAAAAACUAUAACAAUAGUCCAUUGACAAAUCCUAGUAAGGAUAUUAACUCGAAUAGUUUGUAUUUAUUAUUUAAGUAUAUAUUUUAGGUAAUUUUGAAAGACGCGAGGUUGUAACAUUUGCUCAUCGUGUUAACAACAUAAUAUUUAUGUAUUUUAUUUUGUAUCUUUAAGCCUGAUUGUAAUUUUUAAUAUUACAAGAAAAAUAAUAUUGUGUUAAUGAAAACUAUGAUAAUUAUACUCGUGCCGUAAUGACGUAGAUAUAUCAAAAUGACUAAAAACUGCCCACCGAAGUUAGAUCAAAUCGGACACUAUAUAUUAAUAUUUAUCAUUCAUAUAAAAUAUCAUUUAUUUAUUCAUAAUAUGCAAAAUGCAGGGCAACACUUUUUAUUUAAAAAAAAUCCUUUACAGUAUCAAUCUUAUACACAUAUAUAUGUCACACCUGUCUCCCAUCGAGGCAGAAACAAGGGAUUGCCAAAAAUAUUAUAUAUUUCGUGUGUAGCUCUAUAGAUUUUCUAAAAAUAAAUAAGGUAUUUUAAAAUACAUUACAUUAAUAAUGGUGGGCAUAAAUACUACAAACUUUCUAAAAUAAUUAUAAUGGUUAAUACGUCCAAAAAUAUUUUUUAUGGAUGAUAUGUAUUGGAUUGUUGGAGCCCUAGCAUAUGUAUUGAAUAUUCAUUUCAUUUGAGUCCACAGAGACUUGUAUUAGUGGCUAUAAGCGUAUGUGUGAUAGACUGCAUCCCAGGAAAUACUGUUAGAACAAUGUAGUGUGUUUACGACCUAAUAAUAACAAUGAUAAUUCAUUAUUAAAGACAAAUAAUUCAAUUAUGUAUUGUGCAUAACGUAAAUGUAUGCCUUACAAUAUAUUAUACAUUAACUUUGGACAAUCUUAGAAUAUUUUUCACAUAAAUUUGAAACUCGAGAAUUUUGCAUCCACUUAUUUUGCUAAUGAGAUUUUUUUUACAUCAAAAUACGAAAUUCCAAUUUAAGAUUCAUCUAAUAUAAGAGCACUAAAUAAAUAAUAUAAUUAUUCAGAAAUAAAAAAAAAUAAUUUUUGAAAAUUGACAAAUAAUGCAAACAAUCCUAUAUUUUGCUAUGAUGAAUCCUAUAAAGUGUGUGGGCAAACAAAGGAUAUCUCCGGGAACUUAGGCGCGUGAGUUUGUACAAUGUAUGAAAACGUAUAGGUGUUCCAUUUUGAUGUACUUCAAAACUUGGCUCUCAUCUGUACUGGCCCGUAAUGAUUAGGUCGAGUACAUACUACAAAUGAAAAUUUGAUACAUUUCAAAGUAGAGUGAAUUUUAAUUGUUAAGAACGUUUUUGUAUAUUAGUAUAAUAUAUACUAGUGUAAGCUAAUGCAGCUGGUGGGAUUAGCAGUGUUCACCAAAAGAGUAAUUAUUAAUUAUAAUUGACGUUAUAAAUUAAUAUAAUAUUUAUGAAGGCGUCAGUCAUGGUUUAUAUUAUGUAAAUAAUGUUGCGUUUACGUAAUAAAUUUAUAAAUACAUCCACAGAUCCACAGAGAAGACAAGUAAACAACUAGUUAAUGCAUAAUUUUGAUAGGAGAAUUUAUUAUUAUUACUCAUAGAUAUGGCAAGUUCAAAAUUUAAUUAAGAAAUAAGUUCUAAUUGUGUAAUGUUUCAGUAAAUAAAUAAUGUAACUGCAUGGCUGAUGACCCUCUAGUGCGUAACAUUAAUGUUAUAAUUGUACCGAUCGUGCACUUGAUUUUUAAAUUUUUACUUAAUGUAGUUUAAUGUAGCUGGAUUCAAUGGUUUUCUAUUAAAUGCGUUGGAGAAUACAAUGAUUUAUCCGUAUUGGAUGGCAUCUCUGUCGUUUUCUCACAUAUUUUUUAAUAAUGAAAUGUGAAAGUAACAUAAUGAAAUUUUUAAUUUAUAUACAUUUAUCUAGCGAUAUGCAUCAAUUGUUAUACAUUGUACAUGUUCUGAUUAGUUUGAUUUUUUCUGAUUUAAUUGAUUAGGUAAUGUAUUAUGAGCCCUAUUUCAUAACUUUAGCUUGGCUACACUUAGUUAAUGUCACAAUUAUUUGUCAAUUUUCAUUAAUCACCAAGAUUGAUUAUUUAAAAAGUGAUCUGAUAGGGAACUAUUACGUUAAUCAUAGAAUACAUUUCAUAUAAAUGUACCACUAAUAAUUUGCGCCUACUUCAUAUUUUGUUUCGGAAUUUUUCAAAUACUUUUUUUUUACCAUUAAAACCAAAUAUUUAAUAAUAACAGCUUAAUUAUAUUAUUACAUGAUUAAAGUUUUAAUUCGCUGGCAGAGAACUUUUUAAGUAAUUAAUAUACUGAUUAUUAAUAAUAAAAAUAUAUACAAAUAUUGAAAACUGACAGAUAAUUGCUACGUUACCAUACUUUGUCAUGAACAUUCUUAAGAAAGCCUGGUACUCAAUAUAACUACGGUAAUCAUAUAUGAGUCGUGUCCAAAGCUUUUUUGCCACCAUAGUAGUAUGAAAUCAAUUUAAAUAAUUUCACUAUUUUAAUUAUAAUCUAUUUCUUCGAUACUUACCUAUGCCACUUUAUAGAAUCCAGCAACAUUAUUUCGCUAAAUAUGUAGUAUUGCUUAUGUAGUUCCUAUUCCUGUAAUAUUAAUGUAUUUUAAUAUAAAAUUCUUCGUGAUUUCCUAACCUAAUUAAAUCUAUAAUAGUUAUUUCCAUUGUUGUAUGUUUUGUUUCAUCACUAAAAUCUAAUUCAAUUACAUGGCAUAUAUCUAUAUCGUGUUUAUUGCGUGUACAUAAGUACAAAUAUCUAACCCAAAUCUCCAACAUUAAUUUAACUUGAAUAGAUUUAAUAUAUUCAUAUCAAAGAUAUACAAAAAACCCAAGAUCCAUAAUCCCAUACAAAAUUAACAUUCAGAAGUGCUACCAAUAAAAAUGAAUAAGUUAUUGUAAGGAUAAAAUAUUGCUGGAGUCGAAUACUCACUGAAAAUAUAAUCUAGACGUGUCUAAAUGUUGUUUUUUCAUAAUUUGGAACAAUGUUUCGUUAAUAUCAAAUGACUUAUGAAAUGUGCACAAUUUGGUUGAAUGCGCUAUAUCUUCAAUGUCGUUCUUUAAUCGUUUAAUUAUGUCAUGGGUUUUUUGUACGUCAAGAUACAUAUGCUAUAAGUUUGCAUUUUGUUUCGAAAUAAUAAUAAUUAGUAUUGAUUUUACUUUUGUUUAUUAUUUUAAUGACGUUAUAUUAAAAUAAUAAUAUAGAAUAAUUUAAUUGACGGGUUUGGGUAAAUGACAUACUGAAUUUGGCGUGUUUCAAUUUGAAAAACUUUCUCAUUUAUUGUAAAUUAUUUUUUCGUAAUAAAGACUUCUUAAUAGAAACAACAAUACUAAGUAGAUAUUCGAUCAAAGCGAUUAAUUAAACUUUGUUUAAUCUAAGUUUCAACUUUAUCCCGAAUAAUGCCUACUUGUUAUGAGUGACUUUAAAGAGGAAGAGAUUCUCAAUUCUCCUGUAUUAACUUGUUUAUGUACCUAUUUAAUAUUCAGUCAUAGGAUUUUCUAGUUAUAACAAUUAAAAUCUUAUUUAAUAAAUAUUUUUUGAGGCUUCAUCUACUUGGUAUUGUUAAUUGAAGAUAGAAAUUAGAUGUAUUUCUAUCGUCAGUUCUUAUUGUGGUAAAAAUGACAUUAUCCUUUGGAUGACAGCAUUAGAGUAAUAAUAAUAAUUAAAAAGAAAUGUAAGGGUCACGCGAACCAAUAUCAUUGAUUAUUUACGUGUUUAGUUAUUAGUAAGCCUUUAUUCACACGAGUGUUAUUUUACUCCGAGUACCACGAAUUUCACUGGACGCAAACAUUUCAAAAUUUUUACAGCAUGGUUAUUUUCUAUAGACUUUUGUACCAUUGUAAAUUAUUUGGCAUAUUCGCGUAAAUAUUUUUUACGUGAAUGAAUUCAUCAUCAUCAUUUCGGCCUUUAACCGUCCACUGUUGAACAAAAGCUUUUCCUUAUGGGGAGUUUUGCCAAUAGUUACCAAGCUUGGCAGGCGGGUUGCCAACCGAAGUUAGGCUUUUAGAGAUGUUUUAAGAAGGACACUGCUGCCUAUCCCUCAAUCAUUAUGUUCCCUUAGUCGCCUUUUACGACACCCACAGGAAAGGAAGAAACCUUCAUGGUAAAAUUUGCAAUGCUAGUUUUCUCUUAUAGAGCACUAGAUUUUGUCCGUUACUUUGUACACGUGACUUUCAGAAAUAGGGAAAAGUAAACAAAUAGACUAGUUAUAUUACUGUAUAAAAAUAUCAAAAACUACAUCAAAUUUGGUGCGGUAGUUUUUGCGUUAUACCGGAACAAACACAGACUUUCUAAUAAAAAAUAUUGUUUUGACAUUUAUUAUCCUUUUUAAGAUCUGUAUCAGUUUUUUUUAAUAUCAUCUCCCAUGUACAGUCAUAGUUUACUUACAAUUAUAUUAGUUAAAUAAGUUCGCAUAAAUAUUUUAAUAUUGUGUCUAAUUCUUUAUAAGUAGGUACUCGUGACGUGAUUAAAAAGACCGUGUGAAUGAGGGCUUACAAGUGAUAAUUAUUAUUUUAGAGUAAGAUAGUUAACUUUAUUUGAGAUUGUAAACCGUUUUGAGUCGAUUGACCAAAGCGAGCACAUUAACUACAUAUAUAUAACACAGUUUUAUGAAUACGAUCUGUAUUAAUAUAUUAAACUUUCCAUGAAAUAAUAUUGAAUGAAAUUUUGCUAGAGAAUUUAUUAGAAAGAUUAUUUAUUUUAGUUCUGUUAAACUUUAGUGUACGUUUUUUUUUAUUUGAUAUUGUACUAGAAAAUUUAGUUUUUUUAAUAUGUAGUCCAGAACAAUAUUUUUGUAAAAUUACCAUACAGUAUGUCUUUAUACUUCAUACAUUAUUGUAAAAUAACAAUGUGCCGCAGUCGAUCGUAAAUAUUUGUAAUACAGUAUUUUAAUGGCUAUUUUCCUACAUAGCGGUGUUAUGAGACUUAAUAAUUUAUUUCCAAAUGGCGGGCUGCCACGCACUGCCCUCAAUAAUAAAUAAUCAGUAGAAUAAAAAUUGAGUGAAAUAUAAUCAAUGAACUUUGAA